UUAGUUACUUGGGUGCACCGUGCAAAUAUUAUGGGAAUAUAGACGCAAGUUAAAGGCACUGCGCCGGAGUGACUCGUACCGUAUAGACGUCGACACGUGCUGUGCUUGUGUGUUUGUAUAUCGCAUCAUAACAUAAACCUUUGCCACAAUGCCGACUCCAGACUACAACGUGGAACUAGACCUCGACGACCCGCCUCCGGAAUUGCAGGAAUAUGCCAGAGUGCAGUGUGGGGAAGACCCCAACACAAAGUUACAGGCCAUAUGUGAGCUCAAAGAAAUGAUUUAUGAACGAGGUGAAUGCCAUCCUCAUCGUAUGGAUGAUGAAUACUUGCUGAGAUUUUUACGGGCUCGCAACUUUAUACCACAAAGAGCUCAUAGACUGUUGGUGAAUUACUAUCGAUUUAAGGAAGAGAAUCAGGAUUUAUUUGAAAAUGUGUACCCACUGGACCUCCGGCAGAUAGGCGACUCAAACGUACUAGCCGUACCUCCGUACCGGGAUCAGAAUGGAAGGAGACUGCUUAUCUACAGAAUAGGUUGUUGGGACCCAAAAGCGAUAGCGAUAGAUGAUCUCUUCAAAGCUUCGAUCUUUGCUAUGGAGUUGGGUAUGUUGGAGCAACGCACGCAGAUCUUGGGCGGAGUAGCUCUGUUUGAUCUAGAGGAUCUGGGUACCCAGCAUGCGUGGCAGAUCACUCCGUCGGUGGCCAACAAAGUUAUCAAACUUUUGGUGUCCAGUUUCCCCGCUACGACACACGCAAUACACGUGAUCAACCACUCGUGGAUAUUUGACAAAAUGUACAAGAUGUUCAAGCCGAUGCUGACGAAAGAAAUGCGCGCCAGAAUUCACUUUCACGGAUACGAUUUCAGUUCUCUACACAAGCAUAUACUUCCCGAGUAUCUGCCAGAGAGGUAUGGUGGGACAUGGCCCGAUUUCCCCUACACAGUUUGGUUGGACUCGUUGAAGAAAAAUGUCACAAUCGCUAAAGAGGUUUUGGGAUGUGGGUAUAAAUUUCGCGAGGAAGAAAUAUGUCCCGAAGUUGUGAGACAACUUAAAGAAGAAGGCAUAAAGUUGUCGUGAGAUUGAGCAAUUAACUAUUUGGUUGCUUACGUUUUUUAAUUUUAUUUUUUGAUUAAAUUUUUAUAAGAUUUCAUCGUGAGAGCAAUUCCUCUUUAUCGGUGUAGGUAUUCGUCCACCCUCCAUUGCAUCUACUAAAUUGCUUGGCAAUACAAUAAUAUGAAUUUUAUUGAAUAUAUCAAAGAAAUUGCUAAGUGUUUUUGUUGUAACAACCUACCUACCGACUUUUUUUGUGUAGGGAAAAUUGCAGAUUGAUAGCUACCUAUUUAAUGAUGUGCCACAUAAUAUUAUAUUAUGAGAAUAUAGUUAGAUAUUUAUUAAAAAAAUAUUAAUCGAGGCAUCUUAGUCAAAAUUAGUUAAAAAUCUCGGAAUUUGAGGAAGCUAAAUUUUUGUAUAAAACUUUUUACUUUUUCGCAUUCUAAAAGUUGUCUCAAAACCUACAUAUGGUGUAGGGUGUCCGCGUUUAUUAAAAUUUGAGGAAAAGAUCACAAAAAAUGAUUCUUUCGCUGACAUCUCAUUUCCUAAUUCCCGACAAUUUUGAAUCUGUGUUUUUACACGUUGAAUUGAUUUCGAGAUAGAGGGUGGAAUCCACCACUGGGUAUCCCAAAUUCCGAGAUAAAUUUACUAAGAUCAUUUACCUAACGUCGUGAGUAAAUAGACUUUUUAAUUUUUUUUGUACCUACAUAUUGUAUAUUGUUUUAAUCGAACCAGUAAAUUAAUACGGAGAUUGUAUGUUAUUUAGCAUGAUUUAAUGUAACAAACAAAGAUAAUUGCAGUUGUUAUGGUGAUCGUUCAAUUACAGAGGUCAUGUUGUAGGUACUUUCGCGUCCGUAAUUUUGCGUCUAGCAAUUAUGCCAAAAUUUUACGAUGCCUAAAUGUCGGGGUAUAAAAUUUUAUAUCUUAAAUAGAGGCAUACUUAAUAUGAAAAAUUGUUGCCAAGAGCUCUCGUAAAAUUUUCCGUUUCACUUAAAAUCAUUAUGCAAUAUGUCAUUAAUGUUAUAUUUAAUUAUAUGACACUAGCGGACACCCGCGACUUCGUCCGCGUGAAACUCGAUGUAAACUUUCAACUACUUCUACCCUACC